GGACCGGCUAGAGAAGGUCCGUAGGCGGAACACGUGGCGGUGCAGCCAUAGUGGGUAUCUUCCUUCCCAAUAGUGACGAGCAGGGUCUUAGCCCAGGAAAGAAAACGCAAGAGUAUGCAACACACCUACUGUAAUUUUAUCUUCUUCGAACUUUUACGACAAAUUAACAGUCAUAUUGCAGACCAACCGACAAGCUUAUGCAACAUGGCCUCCCAGAGCUAUGAAUUCCACACGGACCGUAACAAUGGAUUCGACAACGAUUACAGCAAUAGCGACGAAUUUGAUCACCGAUCAAGCGGAAUUGCUGCUUCAGCGAACAUCUACUCAGAGCCGCACGUCUUUCUUGACCUUCGGCAUUACUACUCAUCCUCUAGACAGGACAAGGUAGCGCAAACCGCUUGCAUUCGGUUCGGCCAUGAGGAAAAAUCCUAUUCCCGAAGCUCAGAUUACAUCUCUCGCCCUGCAGCAUCAUCUUCCAGUCGGACUCGGUCGGACUGUAUUUUUCGCGUUCCAAGUGGCGACCGUUACGACAGUUCCUACUUACGCAAUAGUCACAACAACCGUAGUACGUCAAGAUCCCAUGAGGUGAGUUCGUAUCCGCCAGGCCACGAUUGCAUCUAUCCUCCGUCCGCGUCCCCAUCCAGCCGAUCCCGCUCAGACUAUAUAUCCCCUCCUGCCAAGGGAGAGCGACAUCAGACCUCGUACUCGACGCAGACUUACAACACGUACGGUGCCACAGGAUCUCACGAGGCCGAGCGUGCCUCCUUUCGGGAUAAGUCAGACUAUCAAAUGAUCAAGGAAGGCGGUCGGGACAACAAGGAGCGCUUCUUGGGAUGUCACGGUAUCGGUUUCGACGAACUAGAUGCUUUUGAUGAAUCGAGAGACAUUCUCGAUGGAUAUCGAAGACUUGACGCGCAGGCGGCAGUUCAAUAUGCGUCUGAUCAGGAGCACGGUUCUGACUGCACGCAUGAUUACGGCAGGCACCGAGAGACCGAUGCGGUAAUCAGCGACGAAGACCGUAAUACUUUCAUCAGACAUUCUGGCAACCACAAGUACGUGAUCAAUGAACAAGAUGGUAGCCCGGGGUACCGAGGGCACAGGCGGGCUCAACGGCGUUGUCACAAUAGCCCUGGCAACACAUAUGACGAUGAUCAAGAUUACUCUGGGGGAUCGGAUGACCAUAAGAAUGCUUGCUACUAUGAGGGUUCCAUCAACGCAUACUGCGAUGACCAACGAUAUCCUCGGAAAUCGGCAGACGAGAAUGGGUCUUCCUAUUGCGAGAGGUCGAAUACCGGAUCCAACGUUGAGAGAGACGCGUUCCAAGGGCCGUAUGAAAAGACCGACUCUUCAGACUGUGACAGCACAGAUGCUAUCGACUACUACAGUGAAUCCGGUGUGGAGGACGGCGAAAUGGGUGGCGACGAUUUCAUAGACGAUCAAAGCUCGGAUGAAUACGACGAUGACGAGUAGAGCUGAGUAGAGCUGAGGAGACGAGGGAACAUCAACUGUCGGGACUCAUACCUAGAAUCCCUUACAUAAAGUGGUUACUAGAAAAGCAAUCGCUCAGAAAUGGCCUUCAAUGCCGCGAUAUCCGAUUAUAUCUUCGAACGAACACCAGCCACUGUUUCUAUGACAACGCUCUGCAGAAAACACUCAG